UUAUACUGGUUCUAGCAAGCUUAGUGAACCAGCCAUUGCUGUUACUGGAGAAUAUAAAAUGGUAUUAGUUGUCAGAAAUGAUUUAAAAAUGGGGAAAGGAAAAGCAGCAGCUCAGUGUGCUCAUGCAGCUGUUGGAUGUUGUGAAAAUGCUCUUCAAAAUAACAGAGAAGCUUUAGCGUAUUGGAGGAGUCACGGGCAGCCUAAAGUUGUUGUUAAAGUUGAAGAUGAGGCUUCUCUAAAGGCAUUAAGUAAGAAAGCUGAAAGUGUAGGUUUAACAUGUUGUGUUAUAGCUGAUGCUGGUAGAACACAAAUUGCUCCAGGUUCCAAAACAGUUCUAGGAAUAGGACCAGGUCCAGCAUCACUAAUAGAUGAAGUAACAGGCCAUCUAAAAUUAUAUUGAUGUAAAUUACCUCCCCUAGCACAUCAAUAGGUUGGGGGCGGGGGGAUAUUUUAUGUAAAUUUAUCUGUAUAAUAAUGGAAAUAAAUUUAGUUAAACUGAUUAAAA